AUGCCUAUCGAAUCCGCCCAUCCACCCAUCUCUAUCCCUGCAGUGGACGUCUGGACAUUUCUUUUUGAUCGCACUGAUCGGGAGUAUCCUGAGGAUCAUGUCGUAUAUGUCGAUGUUGCGGCACAGCAGCAGCACACGCUGCGAGAUGUUCGGGACGCUGCCCGUCGCUUUGGACAAGGCGUUCAGAGUCAAUGGAAUUGGCGGAAGGGCGACGUGAUGGCUGUCUUUACCCCCAACAGCGCCGAGAUCGCACCUGUUACCUUCGGCACUCUUUGGGCUGGUGGCAUCGCAUGCCCCUUCAACAACCUCUACACUGUCGGCGAACUCGUGUCACAGCUCAAGUCGUCCCAAGCCAAGGCAUUGACGACCCAUGUCGCAUGUCUCGAAACCGCUCGCGAGGCUGCGUUGCUGGCCGGCUUGCCUCUGGAUCGGAUCAUUCUGGUCGGCCCACGAGAUCCCAAAGGUCGAUUUCAACACUUCUCGGACCUACAAGGCUCUUCGACUGUCGUAGAGAAGGUCUCGAUCGAUCCAAAGGAAGAUCUCGCUUUCUUGGUGUAUUCUUCAGGCACCACCGGACUGCCGAAAGGCGUCAUGUUGACACACGAGAACAUUGUGACGAAUCUCCUGCAAGGAAUUGUGAUGGAUGCGCAGCGGACGCAUUGGAGCAGGGACAGAACGAUUGGUUUCCUUCCCCUAUAUCACAUCUAUGGUCUCGCGGUGCUUCUUCUCAGCCCGGUGUAUCGAGGGAUCACGGUCUACAUCAUGCAACGAUUCGAGCUGGAGCCGUUCUGUCGCAUCAUCCAACAGGAACACAUCACAAUCGCCUACGUCGUCCCACCGGUGGUCCUGCUGCUCGCCAAACACCCGCUCAUUGCAAAAUACAAUCUGAGCUCGUUACGGAUGAUGCACUCCUCCGCGGCCCCCUUGACGAAUGAUCUGGUGGAGAUGGUUUACAAGCGGCUGAAAGUGCCCAUCAAACAAGGAUAUGGCUUGUCAGAGGCGUCCCCGGGCGUGGCUUCGCAGUCGUGGGAACAAUGGAACAAGACAGUGGGUUCCGCCGGAACCCUCCUCCCCUCCAUCUCGCUCAAAUGCAUGGAUGACGGCAAGGAAGUGGCUCUGGGUGAGACCGGGGAGAUCUGGAUCAAGGGGCCCAACAUCUGCAAGGGAUACUACAAUAACCCGAAGGCCACUGCGGAUUCUAUCACUCUCGACGGCUGGUACCGCACCGGCGAUAUCGGAUACAUCGACAAGGACCACAACCUCUACAUCACCGACCGCGUCAAGGAGCUCAUCAAGUACAACGGGUUCCAGGUGGCGCCCGCCCAGCUAGAAGGCUUGCUGUUGGCGCACCCGGCUGUCAACGACGUCGCUGUCAUCGGCGUCUACAGUCCGGAGCGUGCGACCGAGCUCCCCAGAGCGUACGUCGUGGCGGCCAAGGGAUACGCGAGUGGCCCGGCGCUGGAGAAGGACAUCUGCGACUGGUUGCACCAGAAGGUGGCGCCGCACAAGCGGUUGAGAGGCGGGAUCAGGUUUGUCGAUGCAAUCCCGAAGAGCAACGCUGGCAAGGUGCUCCGCCGGGUCCUGGCCGAGCAGGCCAAGAAGGAGAUGGCACGGCUGUGAUUUGGUAGAUUAUGUACCUGGUAUCGAC